UCUCUGGGCCCACGAAAGGGAAAGGGAAACCAUUCGGCGGCUAGUCAGUCGAUAAUUGGCAUCCGCUUUGGGUCUUGUUUUGGUUUCCUAUUCGAAAGAUUUGCUGAAAAAGACGAGCGGCGACAGCGGCGAAGACGAACGCACCACGUGUGACUCAUUACAAAUGCCAAUCACAAGCCCAAACUGAAAACUCGUUUUGGCCCGGCUGAGAGAGGUGCACUUGAAACAAAACCUCAACCGGCAAGUUGGCUUCAAUAUUGCUAAUCUAUUGGAAGUCUUGAUUAAUCGUUUUGGCGUACAGCCUUCGGAUUAUUUAGUUGUCAGUUCUGAAGGAUGUUUUAAAAAUAAUUAAUGUGUUGCUUAGCCAAACUAUUCAUUAUUAAAGGUGAUGCACUGAAAUGAUAGUAUAAUAUUUUUCUUUAUUCUUCAAAGGAAAUUAGGUUUGCAUAUAAUCAACUGAGCAGUUUUUACAUGCUUAACUUUAAUUAUUUUUGUUGAACAAGAAAUAAAAUUGUUUUUUUUCAGUGGCUUUAAUUACCAACCUCUUUCUCUGUCGGGGGAGACUCUUUAAGCUGCUUGCGAUGCGAGUCCAUCGAGCAGUCGACGAUCAGCUGGCGGCGAUGAGCGACACCGCGAAAUGCAUUCGCUGUGCCCCCGGCUCGUUUUGUAAGCGCUCCACUCCAGUGCCCUUCAGUUCCCCGCAGCAGAAGAAGCGCCAAAUGCCAGCCGGAGCUGGUUAGUUGCAGCCAGGAACUCGCUGCCACUCUCGCCAUGUACCGCAAUAUACUCUGCCUGGCACUGGGCCUCAUCGUGGGCAUUCAGCUGACGGAUUUCCUGGAGUACUUCCAGCUGACCGACAGUCAGUUCGCGAGCACGGCCAUCACGCAGCUGGAGGAGGGCGCCACGCCCCAGCUGGCGACGGAGGAGGAGCUGGCCCUCUGGCUGCACAACGAGACGCGGGUGCUCUGCAUGGUGCUGACCCUGCCGAAGAAUCACCAAACCAGGGUGAGGCGGGUGAAGGACACGUGGGGCAGGCGCUGCAACAAGCUGAUCUUCAUCAGCAGCCAGGAGGAUCGGGAGCUGGGCGUCAUCGAUGUGGGCGUGCCCGAGGAACGGAAUAACCUGUAUCUGAAAAUGAGGAAAGCCCUGGAGUAUGUGUACCAGAACCACGGCGAGGACUACGACUGGUUUCUCAAGGCGGAUGAUGACACCUUUGUGAUAAUGGAAAACCUGCGUUUGUUGCUCUAUCCCUACGAUCCCGAGGCAGCGCUCUACUUUGGCCACCGAUUCCGCACCACCUUUCCGCAGGGCUACAUGUCCGGCGGAGCUGGCUAUGUGAUGAGCCGGGAUGCACUGCGUCGGCUCAAUCUCUUCGCCUUCAACAACAGCCAGUUCUGUCCGAUCAACAACAUGUCCGAGGAUCGGCAAAUUGGCUUCUGCCUGCAGAAUGUGGGCGUAGUGGCUGGUGAUUCGCGGGAUGAGGAAGGUCGGGAUCGAUUUCUGCCCUUGUCUCUCAAGUUCAUGCUGCCCACUUUUCCCACCAACAAUUGGCUGCCCAAGCUGACAUUUUACGAACCAGUGAAUGAAACUGGCUCCACGUCGGGAAUUAGCUUUCACUACGUCAAGAUCCAUGAGUUCGAAAUGUACGAAUACCUGCUGUAUCGACUGCGGAUUUUUGGUACUCCCUUGUCCCAGAGAUCGCUGCCAUCCAGACUGGGACCCGAUGAACUGCAGAACCAGCUCAAUCUGUGGGCUCAGGAGAAUAGCACGAAUUCCAACGCCUGGCUACAGCCAAACUAAUGUAUAAGUUUAGUAGUCUCCAUAAAGUACAUAUAUUUAAGACUCAUUUUAUAUUUUCCCAUAGUCAAAUAGAACAAGCUUUUAGAUUCUUAAGAAUAUCAUUAAAUAGAUGCCCAUUGUUUUCAUACUUCCAAGACUGUA